AUGAGCGUCGAGAACAAGACCGCCUUAUACGGCCUGACCGCCGUUCCCGCACAAUUUCCAUCUCCCUCCAGCCUCACCAUCAAGAGCUCGCUCACAAAUGACGCCACAAAACUCCGCGAGCUGGCAGCGGAAGAAGUGGCCACGAUGCCGGACACUCCGCUCGCGAGGAGGAUUGAUAAAUAUGCCAAGGUGCAAUUGCCGCCGCAGGUAUACCGGCAUUCGAGGCGGGUGUUUGCUUGGGGGAACGCGGUUGUCAGGGGCAGUACCUGGGGCGAGAAGGCUGUGUUCGAAGGGGAGAAGGGCAAUAUUGGGGACGAGAAGAUGGCGGAAAGCUGGUUCGUGACGGCCAUGCUGCACGACAUUGGCACCCCAGAAGGAACUCUGAAAAGUACACGCCUAUCCUACGAAUUCUGGGCCGGCUUCCAUGCUCUCAACAUACUGCAAGAUGCGAGCCUGACCGGCGACGCCGACAAGACCAACGCCGUGGCGGAUCGAGAGCAGGCGGAGAGCGUGGCUGAGGCAAUCCUGCGUCAUCAAGACGUCCAGGACAAGGGCAAAGUGUCUCUGUUGACGAGGCUGAUCCAUAUCGGGACUUUGCUGGACAACAUUGGCAGGGGCAAGGAGUUCAUUGACCAGCAGACGAUAGAGAACGUGGUCAAGGAGUGGUCGCGAACGGAGGCCGACGGCGAGGGGCGAGUCGAGAGUGUCUGGACGGACUGCUUCCGUGGUACGGUUGAGCUCGAGAAGAAGUACAAGCCAUAUGCUAUGGUAAGUAGGAUCGAAGGAUUCGAGGACGUAAUUUCGGAGAACGGGGCCAAAGGAGGGCUGUUCGAGGGUCAGUAG